AUUAUAAAAAAACAAAAUUAAAGCAAAAAGAAAAAAAAUAAAAAUCCACUCUCCAAGGGAAGGGUUUGUUUAGCCUCUAGGCCGUCCUCACAUACUCUCGUCUCUUCUUUGCUAUACGCAGAAGAGAGAGACAAAUCUUACUUUUAUCUCAAACCAAAUCCUGUUGUUCUCUUUAUAUUGAAAAUCCCUUUUUGUUUUCUUUUUAUAUUCAGAUUCAGCGUUUUACAUAUCGCUGAGUUGUUUGUUCUUUUUGGUUAUUGAUCGGCCGGUGGAGAUUGAAUCUCACGUGAAAAGGAUCGAGGUAUGCAGCAGGGUGAUCAGACGGUGUUGAGCUUAAGACCUGGUGGUGGUCGAGGGAGCAGACUCCUUGGUGGUCUUUCUUCUUCUUCUUCUUCAUCGUUCUCUUCUUCGCUAGCCUUUGGUUCCGUUUCUUCUGAUCUUGUCUUUCGUCCCUAUGGCGGUGCUACUUCUUCCUUUUCUAUUAAGGCUGGAGACACACGAUUUGAGGGUCGUGAACGAGUGCGGUACACUAAGGACCAGCUUCUACAGCUUAGGGAGGCUGUAGAAGUUGCUGAUGAAGUUCUCAAAAUUAAACGAGAAAUUGAAGUGGAACUCUUUGGUGAAGAUCAGAACUGGGGUCAUGGAGAAAGCAACACACCAAAUCAGAGUCAGAACCGUUACUCUGAGCCAGACAAUCGUGAUUGGCGUAACCGUUCAGCACAGUUUCCUACCGCUGGAGAGGAGAGGUCCUGGGAAUCACUUCGGGAUAGAGAAUUGGGAAGCCGAUAUGACUCCAGACAGCCAGAACAUAAUGAAUUUAAUCGUCAAGAUCAACUAAACUCUCAAUUCUCAAGGGCACAGAUCUCUUCUAGCCAAGGGGGAGGACCAACUCCAACUUUGGUCAAGGCUGAGGUUCCAUGGUCAGCGAGAAGGGGGAAUCUUUCUGAGAAGGAGCGUGUUUUAAAGACUGUAAAAGGGAUACUGAACAAGCUGACUCCUGAGAAGUAUGAUCUUCUGAAAGGCCAACUUAUUGAUUCUGGUAUCACAUCAGCUGAUAUCUUGAAGGGGGUUAUUUCUUUAAUAUUUGAGAAGGCUGUUCUUGAACCCACAUUUUGUCCUAUGUAUGCUCUUUUAUGUUCUGAUCUUAAUGAUAAGCUUCCCUCAUUCCCAUCCGAUGAACCUGGUGGAAAAGAAAUCACAUUUAAGCGAGUCCUCUUGAAUAACUGCCAGGAGGCAUUUGAGGGAGCUGACAAACUCAGGGAAGAAGUGGGGCUGAUGAUUGCCCCUGAGGAAGAGAUGGAGCGUAGGGAUAAAGAAAGGAUGGUCAAGCUCCGCACUCUAGGUAACAUUCGAUUAAUUGGUGAGCUUCUGAAGCAGAAAAUGGUACCUGAGAAGAUAGUCCAUCAUAUUGUGCAGGAACUUUUGGGCGCUGAUAUUAGAGCUUGCCCUGCAGAGGAGAAUGUUGAAGCCAUUUGUCAAUUCUUCAACACUAUUGGUAAGCAGCUUGAUGAGAGUCCAAAAUCACGACGCAUAAAUGAUAUGUACUUCAGCAGACUGAAGGAAUUGACUACAAAUCCUCAGCUUGCGCCAAGACUGAGAUUUAUGGUUCGUGAUGUUCUUGAUCUGCGUGCAAACAAUUGGAUUCCCAGGCGUGAGGAGGUGAAAGCCAAAACAAUUACUGAAAUCCAUUCUGAGGCUGAAAAAAAUCUUGGGCUGCGUCCAGGUGCUACUGCAAGCAUUAGAAAUAGUCGUGUUGUUUCUGCUGGUCCAAUGAGUGCUGGUCCUGGGGGUUUUCCUAUCACUCGUCCUGGUACUGGGGGUUUGAUGCCUGGAAUGCCGGGAGCUCGGAGAAUGCCUGGUAUGCCUGGAAUGGACAAUGAUAAUUGGGAGGUUCCUAGAAACCGGUCAAUGCCAAGGGGUGAUGGACCCGGUAUACAGCCUGUAGGGCGUGUCCCAUCACCAUUAAUCAAUAAAUCAACUUCAAUGAAUCAAAGGCUGUUGCCUCCAGGUAGUGGUGGCCUAAUGAGUGGCAAGACAAGUGCCCUGUUGCAGGGAAGUUCAACCCCUCCUGCUCGGCCAUCCUACUCUAUUUUGGGUGCUGAGCUUGUGGCACAACCUUCUAUUUCUGCCAAACCUGUGCCUGUGACUGCUGUGUCUCCAGUUACGGAGAAACCACUAGAUCCAGCUGCAAGAGUAAAUCCAGACGAACUUCUGAGAAAAACACGGGCACUGUUGGAGGAAUAUUUCAGUGUCAGACUGCUGGAUGAAGCAUUGCAGUGUCUGGAGGAACUAAAAUCUCCAUCAUAUCAUCCUGAGGUUGUGAAGGAAGCUAUCUCCAUUGCCUUGGAGGAAAGCCCACCUUGUGUUGAGCCAGUUUCAAAACUUCUGGAAUACUCGUUUAAUAAGAAAGUCCUUACAGCUAGAGACAUAGGGACUGGAUGCCUGGUUUAUGGUGCCUUGUUGGAUGAUAUUGGCAUUGAUUUACCAAAAGCACCAAAUAAUUUUGGAGAAAUAAUUGGAAGAUUGGUUUUGGCCGGGGGAUUAGAUUUUAAGGUGGUGAAGGAAAUCCUCAAGAAGAUGGGGGAUGAUCUGUACCAAAAAGCUGUGUUUGAUGCAGCAAUGAGGAUCGUUAGCUCAAACCCUUCGGGGCAAGCUCUGUUGGAUGUGCAGGCAUACGAGGUCGAGGCCUGUAAGAAUCUAUUCUAAUUUUUGCAUGCUACUUUUAAUGUCUGUAUCCACAAGGAUUUCUGCAUAUGGACUUCAAUAUAAAGUCACUUACUGAUUUCCCCCCUUUUUGAGGCGAGCAACUUGUAUUAUGUGAUAAAGUGGAGCUGCCAAGGACAGGUAAAAUUUUAUUGAGUUGUGUAUUUCUCCGAGGUCAUAGCGGUAUGUUUAUUGAGAAAAAGAAAUCAAAUCUUAAUGCCGUGGUUUUUGCCCUCAAGUGUGGCUAAUACAUGCCAAAGUUCUCGGGGAAAAUGGUCACCCUUGAAGGGAUCCAGUUGUUUUGUAUUUGAUUAGUUUUUUCCUCUUUUGAUAAAUCUUGUUUUUUGGUUGACUGAGUAAUUUAGUUUAUUGUUGAACUUAGUCCUAUAAAUCUCAAAGUUUUUUAUUUUAACCUUU